AUGUCGGCAAGACACGCUGAGCGUCACACGAUUGUGGAUCAAUUCAAAUACCACUUGCGUCAUCACAUUAAGCCGGACGGUGUGAAUUGGUCUUGUAAACCUUUCUGUGAAGACGCUCUCCUCUUUUCCCACUGCCUCCCAUUCCACCCCUCGCGCCAAGGCGCAGACCGGAAAGCAGACGAUUGGCUGUCCGCGCGAAGUGCUCGACCAAAUGCUCACCUGCCACAUCCACUUGGACUAUUUGGAGGAUCCACGAUUCCUGCCCUGCGGACACACGUUCUGCAGGAACUGCCUGACCCAGUUCCUCAGUCGCUUCAUCGUCGAAUCGACGCCGUCGUCGACGUCGACGUCGCAGCUGCACUCGGCCGGCGGCACUCGGUUUCCCUGUCCCAUCUGCCGCGACCAGUGCGACCUUCCGCCGCUCGGCGACGCGUCGGCCUUUCCGAAGGCCUUCUUCUUCAACAAUCUCCUCGAAGUGGUCAAGCGCUCGCGCAGCGCACCCUCCAGCCCCGCCACCAGCGAAUCGGAGCACAGCUCCUCCAAGCAGCCGCCCAUUGGCUAGACCCGCGCCCUCGCCCCAUCCUCCCCCUCUUUGUCUUCCUCUCGCCAAAGCCGACGGCGAUGGUCUCCGGCCGGAGACGGUCGAGUCGCGCCCCGCCUCGCCGGACGGCCUCGACCUGA